UGUAGUAAACUGUUACUUUUUUAUUAACAUUUAGAUUAAAUUAUGCUUUCUAAAUUAAUUAAACAUCCCAUCGCAUUAUAUUUUAUAAUUUUCCUGUAGCUCUUGUGAUGAGUAGGCAUAUCACAGAUGACGUGAGACGGGUAGCGCAGGGACAUGCAUGCGGCAGCGGAUCGGCUCGCGAUAUUCUGUACAUACCGCUUUGACGUAACCACGCGCCAUACAGUCGGAAAGGCGGGAGACCGUUGCUUCCGCGUGUGUCAAGAAGUCAAGAUGGACGAAAAGUUGAUAUUGUCCGUUUUUAAUUUUCCUGAGCUGUAUAAUAAAACGUUGCCAGAUUACCGCAAUGGUGACACAAGAUCACUUGCUUGGGGGAGAAUCAGCGCAUUGACAGCUCUUCCAGCUGAAGAGUGCAAAAGGAAAUGGAAGAAUCUGAGAGACCGAUACUUCAAGGAAGUACGACAGGAGAAGAGGAUUAAGGAGGAAGCAGGGGAGCUCACCCCCAGCCGAUGGAAAUACAGACAACUUCUGAUCUUUCUUCAACCAUUCAUUAAACCCAGAAACAGCAAUGUGGACCCUGCCAACCUGGAAAGCCCUGAUACAAUCAAUAAAAGCACACAGAGUGAAAUAGAACCUGUCAAAACACUCAACACAGCCCUGGAGAACGACAUGAAAACCCCUAGCACCCAGGUUGGCACCAUGUCACAGCUAGCUUUUGUGACCCAGCUGUCCCCAGGGCAACAAGGAACCCAGAUGGCCCAGCUGUCUUUUCUGGCCAAGCUUCCACCAGGCACCCAGAUAUUCCCAGGGCCCCAGACAUCUGCAGCGCUCCAGUCAUCAACAUACACAACCAGGAAGAGGCCUCAGACAAGACAACCUGCUUCACCAUGUUCCUCAACCACUCCCUCUAAGCGCUCCGCUAAGAACAGGAGGCUGCUGGCCAAAGAGAAAGAUCUCAGAUCAGAUUCCACGAUCCCUAACCGGCAGUGUGACGAGGAUGAGAUGUUUCUCCUCAGCUUCGUUCCUGCUUUGAAGAGGCUUGCCCCACAAAAAAGAUGUGAGACCAAAAUGAAGAUCCAACAGAUUAUGUAUGAGGCCGAGUUUAGUAUGGAUCAACCAGUGACUGUCAAUGACCCACCGGUGACAGUGUCCCUAGAUCAGCCAGUGACAGUGUCCAAAGAACUGCCAGAGCAAGAGACGUCGUAACUCAUUAAUUAUUGUAGGUCGACAGGGGUUGUUCUCAGGAGGUUUAGAUAUUCUUUCUUUUGUCCGAAAGUAUUUUUUCUAAAAUAUAUAUAUUUUUAAAUCUCUCUCCUAAUGAACAUGAAGAGGCAAGUUAUUCAUGUUCUGUUUUUGGAAUAUCGCAUUUUUGGUGGUAUCAGAGGUACAACAAAUAACCAAAUAUAUAUUUUUUUACAGAUGAUCUAAUUUUGCUGUUAUGAAUGCAAGUUGUUAACCCAAUUGAAAAUAAAAUGGGCUGUUAUUCUGUU